AUGCAACCCAUCCUACCAAUAUUCCGACAAUCCCUCCUCCGUUCUUCCAUAAAUCUCUCACGGUCGUCCACAACCACAAACGCUGCCACCGCCACCAAAACAUCCGCUCCAAAAUUUAUAACUACAUCCACUACUACUACGAGAACUGCACGCGCAUCCACAAGUCCAAUUCCAUUCCUCCCACCAGGCGCCAGAAAGCAACAUCAAUGGUUUGUCAGUGUGCGCCAUCGUAAUAAUAAUUACAAUGUGUAUGCGACUGCGUCAGUAUGCUUACGCUGUCAAUUCCGCAGACGGUAUUCCUCUGUGCAGGGGGGAGGGAAGGGAGUAGAAGGGGACAAGAAAGAUUCCAUGCCACUAAAGAGCGAUGGGAAGGGCAAUUUAGAGGGGCCGAACGCGGGGGAAAUGCAGGGUGUUUUCACAAAAAGGGCUUCAGAGAGUGAGCUGGAUUUGUUAGGUAGGGAGAAAAGGUGCUUGGACAGCUAUUCAAAAACACAGCAGCAGGGACAACGACAGCAAGAACAAGACCAAAAGAAUGUGAAGGAGGGGAAUGGGAAUGGAAACGAUCGGGGCUUGCCGUCGCAGAUUGAAAAGCGUAGAUCGGACCUCUCCAAGCAAUUUACUCGUUUGAUGGAUAAUAUGCAGUCGAACAUUUUCAUUGUGGGACAGAGGCUUAAUGAUCUCACGGGCUAUUCCGGCAUUGAGAAGUUGAAGCAAGAUAUAUUAGCCCAGGAACAACGAGUCCGCGAAACCCGCACCUGCGUCCAAGAAGCCAAAGAGGCUACUCCGCAGCCAUCAACCGCCGCUCCGCCUCACAACGCGAAGUUAAUGAGCUCCUACAGCGCAAACACGCCUGGAGCCCCACAGAUCUCGAGCGCUUUACCUCCCUCUACCGCUCCGACCACGGCGAACGAGCGUGCGGAAACAAACGCGCCGGAGGCACUGGUGGUAGCUGUCGAGCCGUGGCGCGGACACAGGUUGGUGAAGGGAUUUGAGGAAAAGGUUAUGGAGGCGUUGGAGAGGGAGAAUGGAAUGAAAGAGGGAGUGGGUGCUGUGGAAGGUGCCACCCUUCGUGAUGGUGCCACUACCGUUCCUACUACAGCAGCUACGCCAUCACUCAUCGCAGAACCAGUUACUCCAUUCUCCAAUAUCUCAGACGAGACUCCAGCAGGACCAUCAGAUGCCGCCAUGUUUACUGAACAAGACGUUCCCGAUCCAGCCAUCGUAUCUGCUACCGCACCCACCCUCACCCCGUCACAGCCGAACAAACAAUCACAAUCGUCGACAUCCGCGCUUCUUCUACCACCAGACGCUACUCUGUCUCCAGAUUCCUGGCGCCAGACGAUCCAUGACCUCUUCGGUGAACGACGCAUUACGCUUUCCCAGCGCGAGCUGACGACGGUAGCGCUCGAGAGUGCAGCGGCUGGUGCGGCCGUGAUGGGCGUUUUGAUUGCCCUGUUUAGACCACGAUGA